CCCCAAUCCAAAGAUUCCACCUCCAGCAUUCCCCGCCACCUCGCCGGAAUCCCCAGCCCGCCCAGACUCGCCUGAUCUCGCCCGGCCUCGAUCCAAAUCCACCCAUGGGGUCGCAGGCCAUCGAGGAGCACCGCGCGGGGGCGGAGGUGUACCACGGCGCGGCGCUGUGCGCGGAGAAAUCCACGGAGCUGCUCUCGGAGGUGCACCUCCCGCUGGGCCUGCUCCCGCUCGCCGACAUGGAGGAGGUCGGCUACAACCGGUCCACGGGCUUCGUCUGGCUCCGCCAGAAGAAGGCCCUCACCCACACCUUCAAGCAGAUCGGGCGCCAGGUCUCGUACGCGUCCGAGGUCACCGCCUUCGUCGAGGACCGACGGAUGAAGCGCAUGACGGGGGUCAAGACCAAGGAGCUCCUCAUCUGGGUCACCCUCUCCGACAUGUUCCUCGACAAGGACGACCCCUCCAAGAUCACCUUCAAGACCCCCACCGGGCUCGGCAGGACAUACCCCGCCUCCGCCUUCGCCAAGGAGGGUGGCGACGACGGCGGCAAGCCCGUGGGCAAGGAGGCACCCGCCGCGGCAGCCAACGGGGGCAACGAGGCCGCCGCCGCCGUCAGCGGUAAGUGAGGUGGCGCCGUCGAGUGGAGUGGAGUGCUUUUAUCGUGGUUAACUGCCUGCUUUUUACUACUACUGCUGGCCGUAAUUGCUAUGCUAUACGACUGUUCUUCUGAAUAAUGAAGUCUGUACUGCUGCUUGCUUAAUUUAUGUGUUCUAUUUAUUUAUGAAUGAAAUGGUAAUCAAUCGUGUGAACCUUGCAAUUGUGUUA